AAAGCAUUACUAGAUGUUUUAUAGAGAGGGUGUUUGCUUCAAUGUAGCCUCCUAUAUAGUGAAUAGAUGUGCUUGUAAUGUCUACCCUGCAUUUUAAUUAUUUUAAAUCAGUUACAUUUGAUUUUUUUAUCAACAAAACCUCCCUUCAGUCAGUCAGUCAGUCCCCCUGUUACACAGUGACGUGAGCACCACUUCCUUUCUGUUAUUUCUAGACCGUUUGUGUUGCAGAACAAUGAACCUCAUGAUGCUGUGCUGGUAAGAGGAAAUGCUGGGCCAGUGGUCACUGAGAAGAAGUUGUGUUUUUCACCUGCUGCGGAGCAGAGCAGCACGGAACCGUUCAAUAUGGAGUCUAUAGCUAGCUGCUCUUUAAUUGGGACGUGGCUGUCAAUCUGAGCGAAGCCAACUAGCGUCCCCCAUGGCCAGUGUGGACCGAAACAACAAAAUGCUGCUCGAUUUGGUGCGACAGCCCGGUAACAACACAUGUGCUGACUGUGGUAUUCCUGAGCCUGACUGGGCCUCCUACACUCUUGGUAUCUUUGUGUGCCUGAAUUGCUCGGGGAUUCAUCGCAACUUGUCUGAUAUCAGCAAAGUGAAAUCCAUACGUCUGGAUUUCUGGGACGAUUCACUCGUACAGUUCAUGCGUGAGAGGGGAAAUUCUUCAGCCAAGGCCAUUUAUGAGAAGUGUGUCCCGGCCUUCUUCUAUCGGCCGCAGCAUAAAGACUGCGUUGUUCUUAAGGAUCAAUGGAUCCGUGCAAAGUAUGAAAGAAGAGAAUUCACAGGAGAAAACUACCCACAGCAAGCUUAUUGCUCAGACCUGUUUGAAUCCACACUAUGGAAAAAGGGCAAAGACAACAAACAGUUUUUAAAGAGGAGCUUCCUGCUGUCCCGGAAAGACUUCACCCUCAGAUACUUUAUUAAAGAGGAUUCCAAGCUUCCCAAAGCCGUCAUCUCCAUGAAGGACUUCAAUGCAGUCUUCCAGCCGGAGAAGAUCAGCCACGCCCACGGUCUGCAGAUCUCCUACAUGCACGACAAACGCACAAGGAAUCUGUUUGUUUAUCACGAAAAAGGACAGGUCAUUGUGUCCUUGUUCAACGCUCUUCGGGCGACACGCCUGGCGUACCUCCAGAAGAAACAUCCCACUCUUCAAGACAAUGAUUUAGUGCCUCAGAUAACGGGACAUUGCCUGAAGGAGGGGUACAUGGAGAAAACUGGCCCAACGCGGGAGUCAUUCAAGAAGAGGUGGUUCACACUGUGCUCGAUGAACAGAAAGCUUCUAUAUUUUAAAAGUCCACUGGAUGCUACUGAGUUGGGUGCCGUCUUCAUUGGCACGGAGAGCCACAGCUACUCCGCUUCAGAGAGCAGCGGGCGGAGCACGAGAGGAGGCCGGUGGCACUGCGGCGUCACGCUGCACACGCCGGACAGGGAGUUCGUCUUCAUGUGCGAGCAGGAGCAGGAGCAGAAGGAGUGGUUGGAGGCCUUCAGGAAGGUCAUCUCUCAACCUAUGACAUCAGAGGACUACGCUAACGAAGCCACCAUGAAAAGGAAGAAAUGACCGGAGCAGUUGUACCUGUUGGUUUGCAGACGUUCAGGGUGCAAGAAGUCUUCAUUUAUGGAACAGACGGAAAACUUUUGCUUCCAAAAGAUACUCCUGAACACAGCUGCUCGACACUACUUUGCACAGACUGUGAUUACACCUUGCGUCACCUUGUGACCCCUUGAGAAGCGGCUGCUCGGAGGCUUGAGUGGAUUGGAUUGUCAUUGCCAGAAUAUCACAUCAAAUAACUCUUUGCAUUACUUUUUGAAUACACUGGAGUAAAAUAUUGUAUUUAUUUUAAAAAAAAUGCGAGAGUAAGUUUUAAUGAACAAUCUGCAAUUGUUCUGUAGUUAUUUUGUAUUUCACUUAAUUUGCACAUUUUGAACAGAUAAGUUUCUUUUUUUUCUUCCACACACCGUUUGAUUUUAAUUGUCUAUUACGUUUUGUGAAAGCUUUUAAUAAUGUCUAAUACAUUGUAUAGACAACUGAUUCUUGCUUUUGCAAUUCUUAACACCUGUGUUGUUCACGUUUGCUGAUGUGGUGCAAUUAUGUAAAUAAAUGUGUGCUAUGUCACAGUAA